AUGAAAUUUGCCGUCUCGUCUGCUGCCGUGGCAGUGUCCUUGGUGGCCCUCGUGCCGGGCGCGCUGACUGCCGCCGUUGCCAAGAACAAGAGCCCGACGGCCGGCCGCAACGUCGAAGUCACAAAGGAGAUGCUUGAAGUCUCGGUCGUCGGUGGCCAGACCUUCCGCGCGCCCCAGGUCCUCAACACCGGAUUCAUGCAACAAGGCCGCGGUCCUCGUGCCAUGGCCAAAGCCUACGCCAAGUUCGGCCUCCAGAUCCCGCCCGAGCUGCUCCUGCUCCUCGAGGAAAUCCUGCUGUCGUUGGGCAUCACGCCCGGCAGCGGGGGCAUAGCGGGCGGUUCGGGAAGUUCUGGCAGUUCGGGCAGUUCGGGGAGCAGCGGAAGCUCCGGGUCUGCGGGGGGGAACGCGUCGACCGACGCGGGCCAGGGCAUGGUGGCCGCGAUCCCGCAAAUGUUUGACGCGGAGUACCUGGCCCAGGUCACCAUCGGCACGCCGCCUCAGACGCUCAACCUCGACUUUGACACGGGCUCGUCGGACCUGUGGGUGUUCAGCUCGGAGACGCCCAAGGCGCAGCAGGGCGGCCAGAAGCUGUACAACAUUGCGGCAAGCACGACAGCCAAAGUGCUGGCGGGCGCCACGUGGAACAUCCGGUACGGCGACGGCAGCAGCUCGUCGGGCGACGUGUACCUCGACACGGUGAGCGUGGGCGGCGUGACCGUCCAGAACCAGGCGGUGGAGUCGGCCAAGCAGGUGUCGGCGUCCUUUUCGAGCGACGCGGCGUCGUCGGGCCUGCUGGGCCUGGCCAUGAACUCGAUUAACCAGGUGCAGCCGACACCGCAAAAGACCUUUUUCUCCAAUGCCAUGGCCGACCUGGCCAUGCCGCUCUUCACGGCCAACCUGAAGAAGAGCGAGGCCGGUAACUACAACUUUGGCUUCAUCGACACGACCGAGUUCAAGGGCAGCCUCUCGUUCAUCGACGCCAACAUCACCAACGGCUUCUGGCAGUUUGAGUCGGGCGGGUUUUCGGUCGGCAACUCGUCCACCGCCACCAUCACCAGCUUCCCGCACCAGGCCAUUGCCGACACCGGCACCACACUCCUGUUCUUGCCCGACGGCAUCGUCAACGCCUACUACGGCCAGAUCCGGUCGGCCGUCAACAGCCAGGCGGCGGGCGGCUUCAUCUUCCGGUGCGACGAGGCGCUGCCGAACCUGACCCUGGCCAUUGGCUCCUACAACGCCGUUGUCCUGGGCGGCUUCAUGAACCUGGCGCCCACCAGCACCAAGGAUGCCAGCGGUGCACAGAUGUGCUUUGGCGGCGUUCAGUCGUCGGCCGGUUUCCCAUUUAGCAUUUAUGGCGACGUGUUCUUCAAAAGCCAGUUUGUCGUCUUCCAUGGCGGCAACACACAGCUCGGCUUUGCUCCGAAGGCCUAG